AUGGACAUCGUAAAGGCAGUGCAGAACUAUAUUAACAAGAUGGUCAAUGAAGUACCGGGUAUAAAGGUGCUGCUACUUGACGCAGAGACGACUCCGAUUAUUUCGAACGUAAUGACUCAAUCUAGCCUCUUAUCACAUGAAACUUAUUUGGUCGAUCGAAUUGAUAAUAGAAAUCGCGAUAGAAUGCGACACCUCAAAUGCAUUUGUUUUCUACGGCCUACGAAGGAGACCAUACAGUUGUUGGUUGAAGAACUUAGAGAUCCCAGUUACGGAGAUUAUUACUUAUACUUUAGUAAUACAUUGAAACAAUCGUCAGUCGAAAGAUUGGCCGAGGUGGACGAACACGAAGUUGUUCGCGAAGUGCAGCAUAGACUUUAUGAUAAAUCACCAAAUACAUGGGACAAUAAAACGUUUCGGCGAGUCGUUGAAGGUGUACUUGCUGUUUUACUUUCAUUAAAGAAAAAACCCUUGAUACGUUACGAGAAAAUGAGUGUCAUGGCAAAGGAACUCGCAACAGAAGUUCUUCACAAUAUUCAGAGUGAAGGACAGUUAUUUGAUUUUCGUCGAACGGAUACUCCGCCGAUAUUACUUAUAUUAGAUCGUCGGAAUGAUCCAGUCACUCCUUUGUUAUCACAAUGGACUUACCAAGCAAUGGUCCAUGAAUUACUUGGAAUCCAUAAUGGCCGCGUAGAUUUAUCGGAUGUUCCUGAUAUACGUCCGGAAUUGAAGGAAAUCGUUCUUUCUAGAGAUCAAGAUCCAUUUUACAAGAAAAAUAUGUACUUGAAUCUUGGAGAUCUGGGUGCCAAUAUCAAAUCACACGUUGAAGAGUAUCAGGCCAAAACUAAAUCGAGUAUGAAUAUAGAGUCUAUCGGCGAUAUGAAGCGAUUUUUAGAAGGAUAUCCUGAAUUCAGAAAACUAUCUGGUAAUGUAGGCAAGCAUGUAGCUUUGGUUGGAGAAUUAAGUCGUCUGGUGGAAAAGGAAAAUCUAUUAGAAGUUGGUGAAUUGGAACAGAGUCUGGCUUGUUAUGAGCAGCACAAUAACGAUUUAAAGAGUUUACAAAAACUUAUAGCGAGUCCUAAAGUAUCAGAUGAUAGUAAGAUUCGACUAACUUUAUUAUAUUCCUUGCGAUACGAAAAAUCACCAAAUAAUGACAUCAACUCAUUAAUUGAUCUAUUACAUCAUCACGGUGUUAGCGAACAAAAGAUUUCUUUGAUUGGAUCAAUGAUAAAAUUUGCUGGAUCUGAUCAAAGACAGGAUGAUUUAUUCUCUAAUGAGGGUUUAUUGUUCAAAGGACGAAAUUUUCUUAAAGGGUUGAAGGGAGUUGAGAAUGUAUAUACACAACACUCUCCACAUCUUUCGCAGACGCUUGAACUUUUAAUUAAAGGCAAAUUGAAAGAAUCUAGUUACCCAUUUAUUGAUGGGUCAACCAAAGACAGGCCACAAGAUAUUAUCAUACUUAUGGUUGGGGGCGUUACAUAUGAAGAAGCUCGAAAUAUUGCUCAAUUAAAUGAAUCAACAGCUGGUGUUCGUAUUGUAUUAGGUGGAACUACAGUACACAAUAGCAAUAGUUUCUUGAAUGAAAUUCAAGAUGCAUUUUACAGAUUCCCGUCGGAUGAUACAGGUACUAGGACACCACGAAUUGGUAAAUCAUAA